GUGGCAAAUUCUCCAAGAUGCAGGAACAACCAACCUGCCAAGUACCUUAAAAAACUGUGUGCAGGUGUACCGAGGAGUGUGGUCACACAAAGUAUUGAUUUCAUCUAGGUUUCUUCUGUUUACUGAACUUUGUAUGGAGUUAAUUGAUAAAUAAAAACUAUUCAUAGUAUUGUUUCCAUGAAGUGACAUCCUCACUUUAUUUUUAGUGCCUAAAACUUUUUCAUUACUAUAUAUAUUCCUCAGGACACUAGCUGGAUAAUUGAUAUAGAUGUAUUUAAGGUGGUUAACACAAUCAGCUUCAGGUGUUGCUGCUUUGUGUCACAGCCUUUGCCUAUGCCCAAUUAUCUGGUUUGUACUUUUUGCAGCACAUUUUGGUUUAUGUUAAGUGAAAAGGUGACACUUGACAAUACUGGAACAACAAAUGGUGAGCUGUAAAGAACUGUACAAUUAAUCUGAACUGUUUGUUUGUCUACAUACUGAGCAAACAGAUACUAUGAUUCUAUAGCCUUGAUCUGUGCCUGCCUUUUAUUACAUAUCCCAAGCUUCAGAUAACGUCGUCUAAACGUUUUGACUGUUGGCUCUUUCAUCUAGCACCUGACCAAAGACGCAGCUGAACAACUCCGUUUCAGAAGAUUUGAAGAUGUUUUUUUCAUUGGCCUCUAUCAUCUCUCUUUUGGCUGUCAUUAUUCCAGCUGCACACAGUGGGAAAGUUCUGGUAUUUCCGCAUGAUGGCAGCCACUGGGUGAACAUGAGAGUACUUGUUGAGGAGCUGCAUUCAAGAGGGCACAGUGUGACAGUAAUUCGCGCUGCAGACAGCUGGUACAUCAGUGAAACCUCUCCAUUCUACCGUACUGUCACACUGGAUAUUUCUGGUGGUGGAAAUGAGGAUUUUUUUCGUCUCUUUGUCUCUGAAGUUAUUAAAAUUAAAAGAAGCAAGGGGUCUGCGUGGGCCCAUUUUGCUUUAGAUAUGGAGUUAAAAGACAAGUUCUUUGAAUUACACAGGAAAGUCUCUGAAGUGGUCAUGUACAUGUUUGAAAAUAAAGAGUUAAUGAAGUCCUUUCAAGACGCCAAGUAUGAUGCGGUUUUGACAGAUCCUGCUAAUGGAGGAGGAGUAAUGCUGGCUCACUAUCUUGGAUUGCCAUUAGUAUUCAAUGCUCGAUGGACUGUUCAUGGUGAAGCACAUUUUGCAAUUGCACCUUCUCCGCUCUCUUAUGUCCCACUUCCACCUUCAGAAUUAACAGAUCAAAUGACGUUCCUUGAGAGGGUCAAAAACAUGUUUUUUUAUACCAUGAGGAUGCGUCUGUAUAAACAGACUGUUGGACCGCAUUAUUCUGCAUUGUCCACUCGUUACUUUGGUCCAGAUGUAGACUACUUCUCCCUGUUCCAGGCAGCAGACCUGUGGCUCAUGAGAGUGGACUUUGUGUUUGAGUUUCCUCGUCCCACCAUGCCUAAUGUCAUCUAUAUGGGAGGGUUCCAGUGUAAACCUGCAAAACCUCUGCCUCAACACUUGGAGGAGUUUGUCCAGAGUUCAGGGGAACAUGGAGUCAUCAUUAUGUCUCUGGGGACUUUAAUUGCAGAGCUUCCCCAUGACUUAGCUGAUGAGAUAGCUGCAGCUUUUGCCACAUUACCUCAGAAAGUCAUCUGGAGGUAUAAAGGUGACAGACCAGCCACUCUGGGCAACAACACUUUACUAGCUGACUGGAUGCCACAGAAUGACCUGUUAGGACAUCCCAAGAUGAAACUGUUGGUGAGUCAUGGAGGAACAAACGGAAUCUAUGAGGCUAUAUAUCACGGUAUUCCGAUUGUAGGCAUUCCCUUUGUGUUCGAUCAAGCUGACAACCUCUCUAGACUGAAAGCAAAGGGUGUGGCAAAGGUUUUGGAUGUUUCUGAAUUGGAUAGAAAAACAUUUCAGAAUACCAUUCAGGAAAUCCUGAAUGACCCCUCCUACAGGAUGAACAUGCAGAGAUUCUCCAGGCUGCACAGAGAUCAGCCAAUGAAGCCACUGGAUAGAGCCCUCUUCUGGAUAGAGUUUGUCAUGAGACAUAAAGGAGCAGCUCACCUGAGAACAGAGUCCUACAAACUGCCCUGGUAUUCCUACCACUCUGUAGAUGUCAUAUUAUUUUUAGUAACAAUUGCUCUUCUUGUUUUGUUCAUUUUUGCUGGGUUAGUGUGCUCGUGCUUCAGACUGUGUUUGAAAAGAAAAGUGAAAUCUGACUAACCAGUAGAGAUGCUUCAUGGUUAAUUUUCAUAUUGGUGAAUAUGUUGCUAUAUUACAGUCAAUGUGGCUGUGAUCAGUAAAAAAAAUUGAAAGAAAUGAGUAGAUAUACAUUUUUUUGACUGUGUUUUGUGUCAGCUGCAAGUUCCCUAUCAAGAAAAAUAUCUACUGUAAAUAAAUAAAUAUAACUGCCAGUUUUAACUGUUAACUUGUAAGAGUGAAGUGUGUUUGAUACAGUUUUAGGUUAAUCAAUAUUUUUCAAAUCCCAUUAUCACUGAGUAUUUCUGUGACGUCAUGUCACAUUGCCAUACCUUGGCUUUUGCUGAAACACCGCCCCUGCUGUAAAAAAUGAAAUAUAACUGCCAGUUUUAACUGUUAACUUGUAAGAGUGAAGUGUGUUUGAUUACUUUGUCACUUGUCAACAUUUGCUUUUGGAUGUAACCAAAUGAAAGUUAGAAUUAUCUCAGCUAAUGCAAACUACCAGAAGACUACUAGAAUAACUUGAUGAAUGAAAAUGAAAUGAGCUAAGAUAGAAAUUUCAACUCUGCUGUAUUGUGUUUUACUGUAGACUGCAUUAUGCUGAAAGCAAACUGUUAAAGGAAAGAUCCUGAAAUAUUUAAAGGACUGACAAUAAAAUAUUAAAACCA